GUGAAUUUGGCAAGCUCGCCGCCACAUUGGAGGCAUCCGGUUCAAGCCAAUACAUACAGCACAGUGCAGUAGAACCAAGGGGCUGGGCUGGGCUCUCAGUUGGGAUUCGUAUUUGCAAGUCAGAAGGAGCCGCAACUGCGAGCCGCCGCGAAUACUCCACAUUGUUGCGCUUCUCCCCUCUCGCGUUCUCGUAGUCUUCCAAAGAGGCGCCUGUUCGUUCAAAUCACAGCCACUUUCUCUCCAUAUUCUUACAUAGCUACGCGUGCGUCACUGAUAUCGAUCCUCUGUACAAAGCCUUUUCGCGGAAAUUCCACUCUUCUGACUUCUACUUGUAUUUUCAUUUGAUUCAUUCAUUUAUAUAUAUAUAUAUAUAUAUAUAUAAAAUAUGUAUGUUUGUAUGUCUUGCUGUGCGGGAUCAACGAGUAAUCGCAACGAAGAUCACAAUUCGGCUGACGGUCCUAUGCUUCUUCGAAUCUUUGUAAACGCACCGUACUGCGAAUCGCCCGAGCGAAGCCGAUUUGGCCGCUAAUUUGUGUUUCGGGUUGGAUCGAAGUUCUAGGUAUCUUUGAUUCAGUUUAUUUGAUUUGAUGCACUAUGAUAACUGUUUGAUUACACGCAUGCAUAGUCGGUGCCUCUUGCCGAAUCGGGUUCAAAUCUGUUGAGGCCGCGAAGUUUGAGCUUUGAGUUGAAAGUGUUCUCCAAGAUUUUCGUGGUGUUGGAGGCCAAUUUUUUUUGGAUCUGAUUGGCAUCCGUUGCGUUAAUUGACAGAGGAAGUUCUGGUAAGGAAUCUAAUAGAAGUAGAUAGUGUUAUAGGCUGCUUAAUGUUGUCGUUCUCCUAUUGGAAUUGAUCAAAAGGAUAUGGCAAGGAGUAAAGGAGAUAGAGAGGACCAAGAUAAUUCUCUCGGUUCCACUACUAAGGACUCUUCGGUUGGACUUUUGCGGGUUCUCUCAGCUUUGAUACUUUUUGUGAUGGGUGUGGUUAUUGGCUUGAUAUCCAGUUCACAUAUUAAUCGAUAUUUUAGCUUACAGGCCGAGCAGUUCUAUAGGAACUAUGCUCCUACUCCAGGUAAUAGUGGUGAUAACUGCACCAUUUUUCAGAGUUGCGAGAAGGUUGAGUGUUUAAGCAUGGAUAGCUUUCUUCGUCCUAAGAAUCUGACGCAUAGUAUGUCUGAUGAGGAGCUUUUAUGGAGAGCUUCAAUGGUGCCUGUGAAGGCGGAUUACCCUUUUUCUAGGGUCCCUAAGGUGGCUUUCAUGUUCUUGACUAGGGGACCACUGCCGCUGUUGUCACUUUGGGAGAGGUUCUUUAAAGACCAUAAGAAGUUAUUUUCAAUUUAUGUGCAUGCAUUUCCAGGAUAUGAGCUCAAUGUAUCCAAUACGUCUCCUUUCUAUGGACGCCAGAUCCCUAGUCAGAAUGUUCAGUGGGGGACAGCAUCACUGGCAGAUGCAGAGAGGCGGCUUCUGGCCAAUGCUCUGCUUGACUUCUCCAAUGAGCGGUUUGUUCUUCUUUCAGAGAGCUGCAUCCCUAUUUACAACUUCCCUACCAUCUACAGAUACCUCAUUGAAUCCGACCACAGUUUUGUUGACUCGUAUGAUGAUCCAUCCCGACAUGGGCGUGGCCGAUACAAUCCCAGGAUGCGACCCGAUAUUACUCUCUCUGACUGGCGGAAAGGGUCCCAGUGGUUUGAAGUUAAUCGAACUCUGGCUAUUGUCAUAGUCUCAGACACCAAGUACUACAACCUCUUCAGGAAGUAUUGCAGGCCUGCUUGCUAUCCGGAUGAGCACUAUAUUCCAACCUUCCUGCACAAGUUCUUCGGGUCCUCCAUCGCUAAUCGGACUGUGACUUUUGUCAAUUGGUCGCUGGGGGGCCCUCACCCGGCAACAUUUACCAGAGCUAAUAUUACAGAGAGUUUUAUGCAGUCUAUAAGGAACAAUGGGACUCUCUGUUGGUAUAAUUUGGUAAAACAGUCCAGCUGUUACUUGUUUGCCAGGAAGUUUGCUCCGAGCACACUGGAGCCCUUACUCAACCUCAGCUCCAGGGUGAUGAAAUUUUGAGAAUGCUGAAAAUUUUGGUAGCUAGAGAUUCCACUAGUGUUUUUAGAAAUCAAGUUUGAUAUGUAAACCCUAGGUUUUGGUUUGUCAAGCAGAAUGGGGAGCACUUUCUGUUAAGAGAAACUGACAGAUCAUUGAGAGACUGACUGCUCACUGCUUGUUCUUGACAGAAAUUUUGAUAGUGAGAAUUGAGAAGCCACUUGUAUCUUGAAAUGGAGGAAAUUUUUGCCCAAGAAGCUCUUGACAGAAAUUUUGAUAGUGAGAAUUGAGAAGCCACUUGUAUCUUGAAAUGGAGGAAAUUUUUGCCCAAGAAGCCCUCAGUCCCAUGUUAUCAGUUUUCUUGUUAAUUUGGGCAUUUCGUCUAGACAUUUCUUUUGCUUUCUUGUACUUCCCUGCCGCUACGGAAUGAAUACGUUCAUUUUUCAAGUUAUUCAUAUUGUCAAGUGUACUCAUUCCAAAUUUAUUUCAAUUAAAUGAUCCGUGGCUGUUUUGCUA